AGCAAUGAAGAUCAUCAUAUUUACAGUUUUGGUUGGCUGGGCAGCGGCAGCCAGCCUCCCAGAAAAUGAUGAAAGGAUCAUCAACGGUUAUGAGUGCAGACCUCACUCUCAGCCUUGGCAGGUUUACCUUACCUACAACAAUGGAAAUCGCUGGUGUGGUGGGUCCCUCAUCAACCAAUGGUGGGUGCUGUCGGCUGCCCACUGCUAUAAACCGGCAAGUUCUUUAGAGGUGCACCUGGGUGAACAUGACACCACCAGAGCAGAAGGCACUGAGCAGCAUUUACCAGUGUCCAGAGCCAUCAUGCACCCAGAAUACAACUCCUACAAUCUAAACAAUGACAUCAUGCUCAUCAAACUCGCCAGGCCUGCCCAGUACACCCAGUAUGUGCAGCCAAUCAUGUUGCCCAGAUCUUGUGUGUCAGCUGGCACCUGGUGCUUGGUUUCUGGAUGGGGCAAUCUGCGAACAGAUGGAGUCCAAUACCCAAAAGCUCUGCAGUGCUUGGACCAGCCGAUUAUUGAUGAUGCCACCUGCCGCAGGGCUUACCCACCUUAUUUUACAGAAAAUAUGAUGUGCUCUGGCUUUAUGGAGGGGGGCAAAAGCAGCUGUCAGGGUGACUCUGGUGGUCCACUCAUAUGCAACGGAGAGCUACAAGGAAUUGUGUCAUGGGGUUACGAGUGUGCUCAGCAAGGACACCCCAGCGUCUAUGUUAGAGUCUGCCGCUACAAUAGCUGGAUCAGUAGUGUCAUGGCUUCCAACUAAAUGUUAAUGAAGAGAAGCAAAGGGCAACGCCUCGACUUAAGUGCUUAACAUUCACUGUGGGAAUCAGACAGCCCUGCUUACAAAUUGUAAUUUAAAGGCUUCAGCUUCUCUAGGGCUUAAUAAAAUAAAUCUAAAGCAA